AGCAAGUGUAAAAAGCAAGUGUUUACCGUAAGCAAGUGUAAAAUGUUCGCUAACCCGCGGUUAGCACACAAGUGAUGUAACAAAGCUAAUCCAUGGUAAACGUGCAUGCACGCCUAGAAAGUGUCUAUCUACUUUCUUGAAAAAACAUGGUGAAAUACGUUUAUGCUUACGCAAUUUUUUUUUGCUACAGUAAGCGCAAAAUUUGCUUACGGGUAAAACAGCUUUAUGAAAUUGGGCCCAGGCCACAAGCGUCCGGUAGGCAUGGCACUCUAAGCACAACAAUCCUCGGUAAGCACUGAUGAGCUGAAAACGGAAGCAGUGGGUGGUACCAAUGUGCUUUAGUUUCAUCAGAGCACCAUAGGGUGAUAAUAUGUAUAGGUAGGUGGUCGACCAGACUUGUGUCAUUUUAUGUUGAGUACUUGAGUUGAACUGUUGAUUGUCAUUUUUAUCGUGAAUAUUGAAUUGAAUUUGUCAAGGAUUUGCCUGAUUGUUAGCAGCAAGAAGAUUGUAUCUGAAUUUGGUUGACUGUUUCUAGGAGUUCGAUUUGACUGUUGAGUUAGUGAUUCAAUCUAAACGUUUACGUUUACUCGGCAGUUGCUUGAUAGUUGGUGGAGUGCUGAUUGGACAACCAAAGGUGCUCUAUACACGAUGGGUAUGUUGAGGUUUCUAUUACCGCUCAUGAUGUGUUUGAUGGCUUGUCAUGCCGUCCCCACGAUCGACAUUCCCCCACGGGAAUCCACAGUGCGUGUGCGGGGUUCGGUCACCCUCACAUGCAAGGUGAUGAACAAGGGCAUGUACGUAGUGUCGUGGCUUAAGGACGGACAUGUCAUCAGCAACGACGAGGCGAUCGUGUCAUCAGCCGUGGAGCCGACUCGCUACACCAUUGUCGGCGAGCCCUCGGAGGGUAACUAUAGCUUAAGGAUAACAAAAGUCCUCCUUUCGGACAAUGACAUGUUCAAGUGCCAGCUCCGGGCUCCCUCGGGGACCGGUGAUCCCGACGUGCAGUCUCGCCCAGUAACCCUGAUCGUCCAGCACCCACCGGCGGAGGGCUACCCGACAUGCUACCCGCAGUAUACCGAGACUCGUGGGCUAUCGGUCGGCACGGAGCUCAAAUUCGGAUGCCGAUCGGAGAUCGGGGAGCCGGCCGCCCAACUUGUGUGGACACUGAACGGUACGGAGUUGGAGUCCGACGUAGACAGCGCGACUACAGGUUUCAUCGGCAUGGAGUUCCGUCGAAACAUCACUGUGGAAGACCACAAGAAAAUCUUCCUAUGCACUCUGACCCACGAGCUUUUGCCCGGACCGAGAACCUGCGAGGUCGGGCCCCUUGAUGUGCUUUUCCCGCCGAUAAAAGCCAAGGUGGAGUAUAAAUCAACAUCGCAGAAAGUUGGGCGUACCGUUUUUCUGUCGUGCAACGCGAAGGCGAACCCACCUGUGAUGCCAUUAGACUACAGAUGGUACACCAUACCGCCAAUCGACGAGUCACGCGACCAAAUCACAUCUGGAAUGGGUUGGGUUUUGACCAAAUUGGAAGCCGGUGACGAUGGUACGGUAGUGAUAUGCGAGGCUCGAAACAGUAUGGGUGCUCUGAACUCCUCAUUUACAAUCUCCGUCACGAAGGAGACCACUCCUCCCCCGCCCCCAACAGCACCGGCACGACCCACGCUACCUAAAAUCACCCGACCCAGAUCGACAUCGGCCUCGGCGAACCUUUUCAGCACCCCGUAUGUUAUUAUCCUGAUCCUGAUAGCCAUAGCCCUCCUCAUGCUUGCCGUAACUCUAGUCAUAAUCGCCAUGAAGAGAAAGAAGCAACCAGCGGCAAUUUUAACAGUGACCGACUUGGAUAAUCUCCACGCCGACGUGCACUCCCUUGCCUCCUUCGGCAACAUCUCCCGGCACGGUACCCCAUACCUGGACCGAGUGGACUACGAACUCGGCCGUAGCCGCUCCCACAGCCGGGACCACAUGUUCGACACAGAGAGCCUGGACUCUGCCUCGGCUCUCAUGAUGAGGGGCAUGUCUUCCGACUCCCCAACCCACAGGAAAUACAGCGUGGACUCCCUCGGUAAACCGCUAGGUAACCACACCCAGUACCGAGACCACCACCCCCGCCGUCCGAGCAACGGAUCCCCGACACGCCAUCCUUCCGCUAAACGCCUGGACUCGUCCCCCGUGAAAGAGCGCAAACAGAGCGAGUCCGCUCUCAGUCAAGCGGGCCGUCCCUUGCCGAAGAUCGGACCGGUAGUGGAGCAGAACGAAUACGCCGAGUUAACCCCGGUAUCCGCCCGUAAGAAGUACAACGAAGUAUCGCAGAACUCCGUGGCGUCCCCGGAGUCAGGAUACUGCGAGGAUGACGUCCUCAUCAAAAACUUGGACAACAGCUACUCGUUGCAGUCUUCUAAUAACUGUAACUGCAGCCGUAAGAUGUCUCAUGUUGAGGUGUGAACUGGGACUAAUCGAACCGAGCUAUCGCUCCAGUCGACGGCAUUCACCCCCUCCCUCCCCUUCCCCUGAGGAAGGGAAGACGGUACAAAGCUCACCCAUACUUUGGUUGCUGAAUUGAUUUUUGAAAACGGGAACUUUUUAGUGUUUCAGACUUUAAAAAGAUUCGUUCUAGUCUCUCUUAAACCCGCUAAAAAAAGAAGAAGCAAAACGCACUUCUAACUUCUGUACGCACAUAAAAUUAUCUGCUGUAAAAAGUCUUUGAUGAAAGGUGCGUUUCAGUAAUUCUAUUAUUGAACGAAAAGCGCGCAAAAAAAACUUGAAAAAAAAAAAAAACGUAAGCGAAAUGCACUUCUUACUUCUGUAUGCAAUGUCUACUGUAAACAUUUUUUGAUGAAAAAAAAAUGUAGUCAAAAGACAGCAACCAAAAGGGGAAAGAUUUGAAUGACGUCUUUACAAAUGUUGUUGAGAGAAUACUGAAGAUUGUUGAGAAGGUAUAUAAGAAAAGACAAGUAGUGACUUAAGAACUGGACUUGCGAAGUUGAAUGUUUCUCAUUUGAAGAGUUGCCAAAGUGAACUGUAAGCCACAGUUUAAUACUCUAAGCCUCAUUGUGAACAUUUUGUAUUGAGACGCAAUGUUUACUUUAAUUAGAACUAAGCUACUUUAAAAACUUAGCUAUGAUUUAUAAUUACUUCUUAAAGGCACUGGACACGUUUGGUAAUUGUCAAAGACCAGUAUCCUCACUUGGUGAAUGCCAACAUAAU